AUGGGAAAGUGUUGCCAGAUGGUUAUGGGGCCGGCGGGCACCGGCAAGUCGACGUACUGCAAGAUCAUGCAGGAGCACUGCCAAAACGCCAAGAGGACGGUGCACGUCGUCAACCUCGACCCUGCCGCGGAGGCCUUCGAGUACGAAGUCGCCUUCGAUAUCAGAGACCUGAUAUCUCUUGAGGACGCCAUGGAAGAGCUGGAAUUAGGUCCGAACGGGGGGCUGGUUUAUUGCAUGGAGUACCUCCUGGACAAUAUGGACUGGCUCAAGGACGAGCUGGAUAAGUUUGAUGAUGACGAAUACAUAAUCUUCGACUGCCCCGGCCAGGUGCUCACCUUCCUCUAUCCCGAUGGAGCGUUUCCCUUUGGCGUGGAGCUGUACAGCCACGUCCCGGUUAUGCGCAAUGUCCUGGACCAGCUCAAGUCUUGGAAUUACAACGUUUGCGCGGUGUUUCUACUAGAUGCCACGUUCAUCACCGACCCUGCCAAGUUCAUGAGCGGGGCACUGUUGAGCCUCAGCGCGAUGGUGCAGCUCGAGCUGCCGCACUUGAACGUGCUCACCAAGUGUGAUCUAGCGGACCGAAGCGAGGUGGAGCGGUUCUUAGACACGGAAAACGCCGCGUUGAUCUCGAUGCACUAUCCACAAGAGGACGAGGACGAGGGGGAGAACGUUAUGGACGACGAGGGGUUGGGUCGAGGGGCGGGCGGCGAAGAAUCCGCGGAUGUGGGGACUGGUGCGACCACGGCACAAAGAGAAGAGUUGCAACCACGGGGCAGAUUACAAGUAUUGGGGGCGCAAGGAGGCGUGGAAGGGGCUCGAAGAGGGCCACUGCCUAGAUUGGCGCGACUUACGGAGGCUAUCUCGGGCGUCCUGGACGACUACACAAUGGUAAACUUUUUGCCGCUGGAUAUUCGAGACGAGGAGGACAUCGCCCUAGUGCUGCACCACGCCGACUACAUAGUGCAGUACGGGGAAGAUCUGGAGCCUAAGCAGCCCAAGGACGAUAUUGAGAUGGACGCCUGACGGUAGCGCAGGCAAGCCGCAAGAAUCACUGCAGCAAUUGUGUCCGCGGUGGCGGCCUCAUUUCUUCGAUUCGAUGUUGUGCGGGCUGGGCGGAUCAAUCGUGCGAGCUUGUUGAUUGUCACACAAAAAAUGCGUGGG